AUGUCAUUCCGCCCGCCGGCGAGUCCAGUGCCUGUUGGCUUCUAUUCACGGUCGACCCCAAACCUUCCGACCUUGAGGUCAUUGACUACCAAUGACAGAGAGAAUGAGGGCGGCGCGUCGACUUUGACCUCACCCUCCGAGGCAGCAUCCAUCGAGGACUUUUCCCUGGACGCUCCUGCCUCGAUCGACUCUGGCAGUGAAGGUGAAGAUGGCGACUCGAUGCCCUCGCCACGGCAGCCCAUGUAUCAACACAAGCAAUCGCAAUCGCAUACCUACCUAGGUCCGGCAACCUUUGCGCCGCCCUUCUACAACCGUCCUCCCACACCCCUACCACCUAGCCCGUCAUUGACGAGUCUGCUACGCCCGACCUUCAGUACACACGCCUCAAGGCCAACCACACCAGAUCCAAGCAGCGAUGAAGGAACCAGCCAGACUCCUAACAGUGCAGCCGCGACCACCCUCACAACCUCCUUCCGCACCGCAAAACCCAUUCCCCGCGCCUCGCCAAAAGUUCCUACCUACGAAUACUAUGGCUUCACACUGUAUCUGACCUCGACUCUCGGGUUUGCAAUCUAUCUGCUCUGGAGUUAUCUGCCUUCUCCGUUUUUGCAUCAGCUGGGCAUCUACUAUUACCCAAACCGGUGGUGGAGUUUGGCUAUUCCGGCUUGGUUGGUUAUGCUUGUCGUGUGGAUCUACGUCGCAUUGGCUUCAUAUAACACUGGAUACUUGACGCUCAAGAUGCAUGCUGUCGAGUGCUUGGUUGACGAUGCUGCGAACAUUGCCGUUGUGGACGGCAAAGGAAACAUUAUUCGCAAGGACGACGAGGGCAGGUGGAAGUCUCAUCGGCGGGACAACAGUGCUGGGAGAAACAUGCCGCCCAAAGACUUGCAAUGGGAUACGCUGUGGAAUGAGGGCACGGAUGCUGUCAUGGAUGUGCCCAUUGGUGGCGUGUGUGAGGUACUCUAUGGCAUACCUGACGAUGAUGACGAUGAUACUAUGUUAUGA